AUGUCACAAGCAGUAAGUGAAAUUGCAAAACAAGGAGGUAAAAACAUCUUAAACUUUGCCAGUAAAGAUGGUUCUUUCAAGAGACAAGCAUCCGUUUUCAGAGAUGCCAUCACUAGAGAUAGUGAUAAAUUCAAACCUGAAGCUGGUCGUUAUCAUGUCUAUAUUUCAUUAGCAUGUCCUUGGGCUCAUAGAGUUUUCAUUUAUUUGGUUACAAAAGGUUUAGUUAAAGGUUUUAAUCCAAAAACUUCUGAAAUCUCAAAAGACUCAAUCAUUGGAUUAUCUGUUGUUCAUUGGAGUAUGGAUGAAAAGGGUUGGAGAUUCCCAAGUGAAGGUGAUACAACUCCUGCUGCUACUCAAGAUCACAAUUACGGUUUUAAAAGAUUAUCUGAAUUAUACUAUAAGGCUAAUCCAGAGUAUGAUGGACGUUUCACUGUUCCUGUUGUUUGGGACAAAAAGACACAAACCAUUGUUAACAAUGAAAGUGCUGAAAUUAUCAGAUUUUUAAACACUGAAUUCAAUGAUUUGAUUGAUGACCCAGAACAAAAACAAUUAGAUUAUUAUCCAAAAGAAUUACAAUCCAAGAUUGAUGAAUUGAAUUCCUGGAUCUAUGAUAAUAUCAACAAUGCUGUCUAUAAAUCAGGUUUUGCUACUAAACAAGAAGUUUAUGAAUCAGAAGUAACAAAUUUAUUUGUUCACUUAGAUAAAGUUGAAAAGAUCUUGAAAGAAAAUAAAGCAAAAGGUUUAAGAUACUUGAUUGGUAACAAAAUCACAGAAGCUGAUAUCAGAUUAUUCACAACUAUUAUCAGAUUUGACCCUGUUUAUGUUCAACAUUUCAAAUGUAACAUUGGUACAAUCCGCUCAGACUAUCCUUAUUUACAUGAUUGGGUUAGAGAUUUAUACUGGAAUAAUGAAGAGAUCAAAAAUACUGUUAAUUUCGAUCAUAUCAAAUUUCAUUACACAAAAUCUCAUAUCGGUAUUAAUCCACACAAAAUUACUCCAUUAGGUCCAAUUCCACACAUUUUACCAUUGAACAAAUAG